UCUGUGUGGCCGCUGCCGCCAUGUUGUUGUGGUUGUGAGAAGGCGGUGGCGGCGGCGGCGGCACAGCAGCCGGAGGAGACGCUCCAGCGGCCCAGGCGCUGCCCCACGCCGGCCCUGGCUGGGAGCCUCGUGGGGUGGCGGAGGUGGCCGUGCUGUGGCGGGCCUCGCCAUGUCCUACCGCCCGACUUCCUUGUGAAAGCUUCUAGUAGAAAAAGUUUUAGGACGAAUUUCAUUUGGUCUUGGAAUAAGGGAAAGAAGAGCCUUGCCAGAGACUGAAGGGACGGGGAUCUCUCCUCCUAAUCUGGGCCUCCUGUCAUGGAUGAAGAGACUCGGCACAGUCUUGAGUGCAUCCAGGCCAAUCAGAUUUUUCCCAGGAAGCAGCUGAUCCGGGAGGAAGAGAAUCUUCAGGUUCCUUUCCUUGAACUUCAUGGAGAAAGCACAGAGUAUGUGGGCCGUGCUGAGGAUGCCAUCAUUGCCCUUUCUAAUUACAGACUUCACAUCAAGUUCAAGGAGUCUCUUGUUAAUGUUCCAUUACAGCUUAUAGAAAGUGUUGAAUGCCGAGAUAUAUUUCAGCUUCAUUUGACUUGCAAAGACUGCAAAGUUAUCAGGUGUCAGUUCUCAACUUUUGAACAGUGUCAAGAGUGGCUUAAGAGGCUGAACAAUGCUAUUCGACCACCUUCGAAAAUAGAAGAUCUCUUCUCAUUUGCAUACCACGCAUGGUGCAUGGAGGUCUAUGCCAGUGAAAAAGAGCAACAUGGAGACCUGUGCAGACCAGGGGAACACGUAACAUCAAGGUUUAAAAAUGAGGUGGAACGGAUGGGUUUUGAUAUGAACAAUGCCUGGAGGAUUUCCAACAUCAAUGAGAAGUACAAGCUAUGUGGUAGCUAUCCACAGGAGCUCAUAGUGCCUGCCUGGAUCACUGAUAAAGAACUAGAAAGUGUAGCAAGCUUCAGGUCCUGGAAGCGCAUCCCUGCCGUUGUUUACAGGCACCAGAGCAAUGGAGCAGUCAUUGCCCGCUGUGGACAGCCGGAGGUCAGCUGGUGGGGCUGGCGAAAUGCAGAUGAUGAGCACCUAGUGCAGUCAGUGGCCAAAGCUUGUGCCUCUGACUCCCGAUCGAGUGGCAGCAAGCUGUCAACUAGGAACAAUUCUCGAGACUUUCCCAAUGGGGGAGACCUUUCUGAUGUGGAGUUCGAUUCUUCUCUUUCAAAUGCUUCAGGAGCAGAGAGUUUAGCUAUCCAACCACAGAAGCUUUUAAUCUUGGAUGCACGCUCCUAUGCAGCUGCUGUGGCAAACCGAGCCAAAGGUGGAGGCUGUGAAUGCCCAGAGUAUUACCCGAACUGUGAAGUUGUGUUUAUGGGGAUGGCAAAUAUUCAUUCGAUUCGGAGGAGUUUUCAGUCCCUGCGGUUGCUGUGCACACAGAUGCCAGAUCCGGGAAAUUGGCUCUCAGCUCUUGAAAGCACAAAAUGGCUCCAUCACCUGUCUGUUCUUCUGAAAUCGGCGCUUCUGGUAGUGCAUGCCGUGGACCGUGAUCAGCGGCCAGUGCUAGCCCACUGUUCAGAUGGCUGGGACCGCACCCCCCAGAUUGUGGCAUUGGCUAAGCUCUUGUUGGACCCUUAUUACCGAACAAUAGAGGGUUUCCAGGUCCUUGUGGAGAUGGAAUGGCUGGAUUUUGGCCACAAGUUUGCUGACCGGUGUGGUCAUGGGGAAAACUCAGAUGAUCUGAACGAACGCUGCCCAGUGUUUCUGCAGUGGCUUGACUGUGUUCAUCAGCUUCAGAGGCAAUUUCCUUGCUCUUUUGAGUUCAAUGAAGCAUUCCUUGUGAAACUGGUGCAGCACACCUAUUCCUGCCUCUUUGGAACAUUCCUGUGCAACAACGCCAAGGAGAGAGGGGAAAAGCAUACUCAGGAACGGACCUGUUCUGUGUGGUCGCUUCUUCGGGCAGGCAACAAGGCUUUCAAAAACCUAUUGUAUUCCUCUCAGUCAGAAGCCGUGUUGUACCCGGUGUGCCAUGUACGUAACCUGAUGCUGUGGAGUGCAGUAUACUUGCCUGGCUUGUCCCCAUCUACCCCUGUGGAUGACAGCUGUGCGCCAUACCCAGCCCCAGGCACUAGCCCCGACGAUCCCCCCCUGAGCCGGCUACCAAAGACUAGAUCAUUUGAUAAUCUGACCACAGUCUGCGACAACACAGUGCCUCUGGCCAGCCGGCGUAGCAGUGACCCAAGCUUGAACGAGAAGUGGCAGGAGCACCGGCGAUCGCUCGAACUGAGCAGCCUGGCUGGUCCUGGAGAGGAGCCUCUUGAUGCUGACAGUCUGGGGAAGCCAGUGAAAGUGCUGGGGGGUGCUGAGCUGUCUGUCGCAGCUGGGGUGGCUGAGGGGCAGAUGGAGAACAUUUUACAAGAGGCCACCAAAGAGGAGAGUGGGGUAGAAGAGCCUGACCAUAGUGGGGGCAUUGCGAUGCAAGAGGUCAAAGAGGAGGCUGUCUUAGAAAAAGAGAGCUGGAGGAAGACACCUGAGGGCUCAGCCAUCGUACUUUAUAAAGAACCAGAACUGGAUGAUGUCACUCUGAGGAGCCUUCCAGGUCCAAAUCUGUCUGUGUUCUCACAGGGUAUUUUUGAGCAGCAAGAUGGGCCCAGUGUUCUCCUCAAUCCUCUCCAGGAACUUCCCAGGAGAGAGGAUUCCCAGGAGACAACGGUGGAGCAGCCUCAAAUAGGAGAAGUCCCAGAAUGUAGAGAGGAGGCAGUUCUUUCCAUCCCAGUAGAUGCAAAAAUUGGCUAUGAUACCUCACAGUCAAGUUCUCUGCUGCCCGUCCAUGUACCAUUUGAAGCCAGAGGACCAAAUGUGGACAGUUCCAUGGACAUGAUAAUGGAAGAGAAGGUGAAGCCAGAAAGUGGGCCUCAAGGCCAUCGUAGACCUUGCCUGAUAAACAGUAGCAGGUUCAGUAGCAAGGACAUGUUUGCCCAAACCAUGGAGCCCAGGCCUUCUGAGAGGAGCCUGGUUGAAAGGCCCCAAGUAGGGUCUGCAGUGCUCAGGACUUCCCCUGGCAGCACUUACAGCCCAAUGCGGUCCCCUUGUGCCUUGCCUUUAGCCGAAUGUAAAGAGGAGCUUGUGUGUAAUGGUGCCCCAGAGACUGAAAACAAGGCCUCAGAGCGGCCCCUAGCCCAUAGCACCUCCCAGAAGUACCCCACACCCAAUGGGCACUGUGCCAAUGGUGAGGCUGGUAGGAGCAAGGACUCAGUGAGCCGCCAGCUACCUACCACGAGCUGCAGCUCUGCCCACUUACACUCAAAGAACUUGCACCACAAGUGGCUACACAGUCAUUCUGGGAGGCCAUCCACAGCCAGCAGCCCUGACCAGCCUUCCCGCAGCCACCUGGAUGAUGAUGGCAUGCCCGUGUACACGGACACUAUCCAGCAGCGCCUGCGUCAGAUCGAGUCGGGCCACCAGCAGGAAGUGGAGACCUUGAAGAAGCAGGUCCAGGAGCUGAGAAGUCGCCUGGAGAGCCAGUACCUGACCAGCUCUCUACGUUUCAAUGGAGACUUUGGGGAUGAAGUGACUUCAAUCCCCGACUCGGAAUGCAAUCUGGAUCAGAACUGUUUGUCUCGCUGCAGCACAGAGAUUUUCUCUGAAGCCAGCUGGGAGCAGGUGGAUAAACAGGAUGCGGAGAUGACCCGUUGGCUCCCUGACCACCUGGCCGCCCACUGCUACGCAUGUGACAGCGCCUUCUGGCUCGCCAGCAGGAAGCACCACUGCAGGGUCACUGACCGUGUUGAUCAAACGUGGAAUUGUGGGAAUGUAUUCUGCUCCAGUUGUUGUAACCAGAAGGUUCCGGUUCCCAGCCAGCAGCUCUUUGAACCCAGUCGAGUGUGCAAAUCUUGCUAUAGCAGCCUACAUCCCACAAGCUCCAGCAUUGACCUUGAACUGGAUAAGCCCAUUGCUGCCACUUCAAACUGAAGCUCGGUGAAGCGAAGCAGGCAGAGGCCAAACUGCUGUUCCUCUGACAGGCUCACACAGCCUGGGCAGACUGAGAGGCCUGUGCACUUUGGAAUUGGGGUGUGGAACCACCUGUGCAGAGUGACAGAAAUUUGGGAUGUACCACUGACUGGAUUGUAGAUUGAUUUUGCUAACUUCCCUCCCCACUUUUCCAACCUUCCUCUGCCCCUCAAAAAAGAAAAAAAUCCCCUGGUUGUGUUUUUUUUUAAUUGGAAGACCAGAGGUUGCCAAGCCCCCUGUACCUACUGAACUGCCUGCUGUCAAGCUGUGCUGCAGGUUGGCUUGAUUCCUUGGGGUAGGAGGAGGCUGGUCAGAGAUUACAUGGAGGCCAGAGUUGGGUAGGGUUGGGGUGAAACCAGUGCGAAUGUUGGUGACCAUUCUUCACACCACUGCCUAUGUAGAACUUGUUGGAAAACAUCUUUCCCAAGAAGACUCUCCUAGGUGCCCUCCCGCUCCUUAGAGGGGCUUGGCCAGCUCCACCACACCAGUGGGUAAAUGAGAUUGGUAUUUGGAGGGAGGCCCCCCUAUGAGGAAGGAGAGUGUACUGUCCUCUGAGGCAGGUGAGGGGCUGGCAGUGGAUGGCCCACCCAGCUCCUUAGCAGGAAGAAGUGGACUUCCUUUUCUCCCCAGUGGGAUUCUAUUUCUAACUUGACCCAGAUUGUCUAGGGUACUCUUCAUUUUCAGGGGUCUGCCUCCUGGGGCCAGGCUGUAUGGCACUUUUCACCCUCAGGCUUAAGAGUACAAAUUGGCCAAAGUGCAGUAUCCCCAAACAAUCUCUUUUCCUUGGCCAGCACAAGGAAAUCCAGACUCAGGUUUCCAAAAAUUUCCCAAUCCCAAACCAAACCAAUCAUGGAUCUCCCCCUAGGGGGCAGAAUCAGCCUUUUAGCAAAUAAGCCUCUGGAAAAGGGAGCAUGUCCCCAUUACAAUCGGCCUUCCUCCUCCCUCCCUCCUUGGGGCAGAAGGAAGGGCCCAGCUGUCCUCCUGCCUUGCUCCCAUGGUGCUGGUGAGUGGGCACCUUAUGUAGCUGCUGGCCAGCAGUGAAGGGCCACUUGGUCCAUCUGCGGGUUCCUUAGAGAAGCCACAGGGCCUAUACAGGGCCUCUAAAUUUGGGGAACCUCUCCCUCGUGAGCUUUGAUGUGGUCCAAAAAGAGCCUUAAAAAAAGAAUAUUUGGGGUGGAGAUGUUUGUUGGGAAGGGUGGAGAGGAACUUAGGUUUGUGCUUUGUAAUCUUUGCAUCGAUGUUUUGUGCCUGCCCUUUCUCUUGGGGAAGGAUUAUGCUUGGCUCUGCUAAAAACUGUUAACUGGUAACAGGGCGAAUUAUAGUGAAGGGUGGGAGUGAGGUCAGUUAGUCCUAAGUUCUGACCCUGCCCUAUAUCCCCAUCUUUCCCUUUGGGAGAAGUUUCCUGGCCAAGGGCAAAUUGUGUCUCAGGAAGGUGGGUCCUGUGUGUUUGGGUGUGGUUGAGAUGUGGCCCAGAGCCUUCCCUGGAAUUGCUGAACCAGGCAAAGCCAAGUGUCUGAGCAUGUCUCUGACUUCCCAGCAGCAGUGAAACAGGGUGUAGUUCUUCUCCACACUGCGGUCUGGGCCGUGCAGGUAGGGAGAAGUUGAUGUAAUUGAACAUUGUGCAGUUCCUAGCGACAGGUGCCAAGAGGUUACGAUACGGGUUUCUUGGGUUUGAUGUACAGUGUGAAUAAUUGCUUGCAGCUCUUAGUCCUUUUUUGAUCAAUGAAGCACUUUUUUAAUAAUAUUUUUCUUUGUAUGUAAAGGAGGAACCAUAACUCUCCGUAGCUGUACAUAUAACCCUUUUCUCCUAAAGAGGAGUCAGUCAGUGCUCCUAUAUUUUUCAUUUUUUUUUUUGUCAAAAGCAAGAAGUAAAUACUUUAGAACUGUUAAAUAUAUAAAUAAAGUGAAUAAAGUUUA